CAUGCAAACCUCGCCAAGUUCCGCCUUUGCUGGUCGUCUUCUCCGACGAUAACACCAAACUCUAAUUCGCUCUCUUUAAUCGUUGUCCUUUUUUCCACCGUUUACGCUGGUUUCCCUCAUUUUCAUUCCCUUUCCGGGAAAAUCCUCUGUCUCUUUCUCUGUUACACGGGUGUCUUUCAUCUCUUAGAUCUGGUGUGGGGUUAUUUCGGUGCAUAGAAUCUGCUUGAUUUCCAGUUCCCGGUGUUGGAUUUAGAGUUGUUGUUUUGGGUUAAAAUUCUUCUGAGUGGUCGGAGUGGGGAUCAGAGAGACGAGUAGGGUAAAGAGAGGGGGUUGGUCCGGUCUCAAUAGAUCCUCUACUGCUUCUUUUGAGGGGGUAGCCGGGGCCUCGGCCUCGGCGGGUUUUAAAGCCCCCACCUUCACAAACUGAGAAGAAAAUCAUUAUCCUAACCUUAACUUUUUAACAGAUCGUCGCGGAAGACGAUGCCGGCCCUGGCUUGCUGCGUAGAUGCUGCCGUUGCGCCUCCCGGCUACGCUUUUCAUGCCGGGGAUGGCUCCCUUCCGUCGCCGGUCCAAUUUUCCGGCGUACCUCCGGCACCAACCACUACCGCCACUGCCUCCAUCGAAAGCUCUCCUUCUCAUUGGUCAUCUUCCCUCUCAUCUGCACUCUACAAGAUCGACGCUUGGGGUGCUCCGUACUUUUCUGUCAACUCCUCCGGCAACAUCGCCGUUCGUCCUUAUGGAACCGACACCCUGCCUCACCAGGAAAUCGAUCUGUUGAAGAUUGUGAGGAAAGUUUCGGAUCCGAAAUCCACGGGCGGACUUGGCUUGCAGCUGCCCCUAAUUGUUCGCUUGCCUGAUGUGCUCAAGAACCGGCUUGAGUCUCUGCAAUCAGCUUUCAAUUUUGCAAUCCACUCUCAGGGCUAUGAGGCUCAUUAUCAAGGUGUUUAUCCGGUGAAAUGUAACCAGGACCGUUUUGUUGUUGAGGAUAUCGUGAGAUUCGGAUCUCCAUUCCGGUUUGGGUUGGAGGCCGGGUCUAAACCGGAGCUCCUCUUGGCAAUGAGCUGCUUGUGCAAGGGAAAUCCGAAAGCUCUCCUUGUUUGCAAUGGUUUCAAGGAUGGAGAGUACAUUUCCCUAGCAUUGCUUGCUAGAAAACUCGCUUUGAACACUGUGAUUGUGCUUGAACAAGAAGAAGAACUGGAUUUGGUUCUGGCAUUGAGCAAGAAAAUGUCUGUUAGGCCAGUGAUUGGAGUGCGAGCCAAACUGAGGACCAAACAUUCGGGCCAUUUCGGGUCCACUUCUGGCGAGAAAGGAAAAUUUGGUUUAACAACGACCCAGAUUUUACGGGUUGUGAAGAAGCUUGAGGAAACAUCCAUGCUUGAUUGUCUCCAGCUGCUACAUUUCCAUAUUGGAUCUCAGAUUCCCUCUACUGCCUUACUAGCUGAUGGUGUAGGUGAGGCCGCGCAGAUCUACUGCGAAUUAGUCCGUCUCGGUGCCCACAUGCAAGUACUCGAUAUUGGUGGUGGGUUGGGUAUCGAUUACGAUGGAUCCAAAUCUGGUAAUUCAGAUCUCUCCGUGGCUUACGGGCUUGAAGAGUAUUCUUUAGCUGUUGUCCAAGCUGUUAAGUUUGUUUGCGACCGCAAGAAUAUUAAGCACCCGGUGCUUUGCAGCGAGAGUGGCCGGGCUAUAGUUUCUCAUCACUCCAUCUUGAUAUUUGAGGCCGUCUCUGCAAGCGUAUCUAGUGCUGCAUCGAUGACUAAUGCAGGGUUUCAGUAUUUUAUGGAGGGGCUUACAGAGGAUGCUCUUUCGGAUUACAGAAAUUUAUCAGCAGCAGUGGUGAGAGGCGAGUAUGAAACCUGUUUGCUCUAUGCUGAGCAAUUGAAACAAAGAUGUGUUGAUCAGUUCAAAGAAGGUAGUAUUGGUAUGGAACAAUUAGCUGCUGUUGAUGGCUUUUGUGAAUUGGUAGGUAAAGCAAUUGGAUUAUCUGAGCCAACUCGCACUUACCAUGUGAAUCUAUCAGUUUUCACGUCAAUUCCUGAUUUCUGGGGGAUUGGGCAGUUAUUUCCUAUCGUUCCAAUUCAUCGACUAGACCAGAGGCCUGCAGUGAGGGGAAUUUUGUCUGAUUUAACCUGUGACAGUGAUGGGAAGAUUGACAAAUUCAUCGGAGGCGAGUCUAGCCUGCCGCUGCAUGAAUUAGAAGGCGGUGGGCGGUACUACUUGGGGAUGUUUUUGGGCGGGGCUUACGAGGAGGCGCUUGGUGGAGUUCACAACCUGUUCGGUGGCCCCAGCGUUGUUCGGGUGUCGCAGAGUGAUGGACCCCAUAGCUUUGCGGUGACUCGCGCUGUGCCGGGCCCGUCUUGUAGUGAUGUCCUCCGGGUUAUGCAGCACGAGCCUGAACUUAUGUUUGAGACCCUCAAGCACCGUGCUGAAGAAUUCUGCCACCAUGAUGAAGACAGUGACGAUGGCAACGACAGUGAUCAUGGUAUGGGCAAUACUGCUUUAGCUAGCAGCUUAGCUCGUUUCUUCCACAACAUGCCUUAUCUGGUGGCUUCAUGUUCAUUGACUGCUUUGAAUAAUGGUGGUUUCUACUAUUGCAACGAGGAUGCUGCUGAUUCUGCUGGCGGUGAUGAGGAGCAGUGGUCCUAUUGCUGUGCUUGAGAUUAAUUAAUAAGCCAUAUCCCCACCAACUUUUUUUACCAUCCAUGGUUGGUUGUGUGCUAGAGGUCGUCUUGUUUAACUUUGUGUUUAUUUAUUUUUCCUUUGUUAAUUGCCAUUUUGAUAUCUAUGUUGUUCUUAAGAGCAAAAGAUUGAAGAUGCAGGACAUUCUUUUGCAUCUUCUGCUGAAAAGAGGGGACUGGGAAACCAAAUAAAUCCAACCCUUUUGUAAUUUCGUUAUCUUGUUCCCUCUUUUUCAUUUGUUCCUUCAGUAUAACUUUUUUCUUUUAUUUUUUUAAAGAGUUUUUUGUUCAA